CAGAAUUUCAGUGCAGGGAGUAGCAGGGCUCAUUUACUUGUUAAAAGAAUACCCGAUCUGAAUUUUGGAGAUAAUGGGGAUCCACAGACAAUUCGGGGCAUUUGCAGUGGCCGUCACAAUCCUCAUCUGUGCUCUGCAAGCGACUGAGGGGGCAGCCAAGUUGAAAGGAAGAAAGGAGAAAGUAAGCAAUCUGGAAUUCUAUUUCCAUGACAGAGUUUCAGGAAAGAGCGUGACGGCCGUGGAGGUGGCGUCUGCUCCAUCCACCAAAACUUCGGCCACUUCAUUUGGAUCACUAUUUGUGAUGGACGAUCCCAUCACCGAAGGGCCUGAGCCCACUUCCAAAUUGGUGGGCAGAGCUCAGGGAUUGUACGCCUCCGCAGGCCAAGAGGAAGUUCACCUGUUAAUGGCGGUCACCUAUGUUUUUCAGGGUGGAGAGUUCAACGGUAGUACGAUCGCCAUGGUUGGUAACAAUGCUGUGUUUAGCGAGGUUAGAGAGAUGGCGAUUGUGGGAGGAAGCGGCAAAUUCAGGCUGGCUCGAGGGUUCUGUCUCGCCCACACUCACUCCUUCGAUAUCAAAUCUCGCAAUGCAGUCGUCCAUUACAAUGUUACCGUACAUCAUCACUAGUAUUAAGUUAUCCUCAGUAAUGUAUUCUCCGAAGUGCUAUAUGGGUACAUUUGGAUAUCAGUAGAACUUGCAUUUUGGAUAUCAGUAGAACAUGCAUAUUAGAUAUUGGGUAUGUUUUGAUUAAAAAAGCAGCCUUAAUGAUCUUUAACAUAGUCGGAGGGUGACAGAUAUUGGGUUUAUGUGUUGAAAAAAAAUCUUGAUUACUUUAAAAUAUAUAAAUAAAAGUAAGUUAUAAAUUUUGUAGGAAAGUAGACACUUUAAAUUUUAUGUAGAAAAGUCGAUUUUGGAUAUUGAUCUGGUGUGAUGGUUAAGAUGUGGUGAUGUUGUUCUUGCUAUCAAGAUUCAAAUUUUAUUGGAAUAUUAUUUGUUGAA